AUGUGCAUGAAGCAGGGCAGGGUGGAGGAGCGAGAGGCUCUGAUCCUGGAACUACAGGAUGUCAUCACUGAGCUACACCAGGAGAUGUCUCUGAAAGAACAGCACGAGCUCGAGCAGCUUCAACAGCUCCUUCAGCUGGAGGCCAGAGUCGAAGAGCUUCAAGAGCAGGUACAGGGUUCAGAGGACACUAUAGCUCAGCUGAGACUAGAGCUAGCUGAGAGAGCAGAGAGCAGCAGCACCAUGCUGAAUGUUGCUGAGCAGAUCCAGCGGCUGGAGGAGGAAGUGUCCAGGCUGAAAUCUCAGCAUAGUUCAGUCAGUCAGCAGGAUUGGUGUUGGCUCCGGAGGGCACGGGAGGAGCUGAAAGCAAGAGAGGAGGAGUGGAAGAAAGAGAGAUCCUUCUUUCAAGAGCAGCUCAAUGGCGUCAGAGAGGAGCUCCACCGCGCCAACCUCAGGGAAGAAGAGCAUCGGCUGAAAGUGCUGCAGAUUGAUGAACUCCAAAGAGAGGUUGACAAGACACUGGCACUGCUUGAAAAGGAGAGAGAGGAUUGUGUAAAGGCCAAGGAGCUGGAACGACUGGGAGAAGAGCAACUCAAGGACAAGCUGGUAGAAGAGCAGUCCACAGUCUCCAGGCUGCAGCACGAGCUUCAGGAAGCAGAGCGUCAGAGGAAUCUCCUGGGCACCAGAGUAGCUGCGCUGAACUGUGACAUCCAGCAGAAAGACUGCAGGCGGCUCGCAGAGCAAGACGAGCUGGCAGAGCAGAUGCAGCAGGUCAUGUCUAGGGAAGUGGAGGUUGUGUCCCUACAGAAGGAGGUCAGCAGACUUCAGGAGAUCCUGAAACAGAGAGAGGAGGUGAUAGAGAAGAACAAACACAACACGGCACAGCUCCAGCGUGGGACAGACUCCCUUUACAAACAGUGUAAAGUUCAAAAGGACGAGCUGUGUGAUCUGCGAGAGGAGGUGCAGGAACAGAAGGAGAGCCGGGUGAAGGAGGUGCAGGCCCUUAAGGAAGAGCUGCAGAGCACACAAAGUCAUCUGCAGCAGCACAGAGAUAACCUGGAGAGUCUGUGCCGAGAGCUGGAGACGGCCCACAGACAGCAGAGAGGCACGGAGGACGAGGUCUCCGGCAGGGUGGCAGCUCUCCGCAGUCAGGAUGCAGAGUUGAUUCAACUAAAGGUAGGUCUACUGGAGGCUGAGAAACUGGCCACAGACGCAGAGGCACGACUGCAACCUCUUAGCGAAUCCCUCGAGCUCUGCAAACACAAGUACCAGGCCUGCCUCAGCAAGAUCGCACAACUAGAGAUCAGUUUAGUGGCACAGAGGGAAGAGCAGGUCCUCCGUCUGAGGGCUCAGGUUGUAGCUCUGCAGGGGGAUCUGCAGGUACACUGCGCCCAGCUGGAGAGUGGAGACGAUGCCCUUGCCGCACUAAGCCAGCAGCUCCGAGACACGCUGGGAGAGCUGGAGCACAGCCGUAAACACAGCCAGGAGUGUGAGCUGCUCAUCAGCUCUCUCAGAGACUCUGCUGCUACCCUUCGCCGACAGGCUGAAGAGCGGGAAGAGAUGGUAGUGAAAACACAGGCUGAUUUUUCCAUCUACCGGGCCACUCACGUUCACUCCGACUCAGACUAUGAAUCCCAGCUGUCCCGCGUUCAGGAACUAGAGCACGCGCUGUUCCAGUUGCUGGAGCGCUGCGGUCAGAGUGCCCAGGAGUUGCGGGUCUGCCAGCUGGAGUUGGCACGGCACCGAGAUGCCAGUACGACAGAGGUGCAUCGUCUGCAGGAGCAGGUGAGAAAGCUCCAGGCGGAUGCAGCGGAUGAGGGCCGGAGACGAGCACAAGUUGAUUCUCUGGAACAGAAGGUAGCCAGUCUAGAAGGAGAGCUACAGGCAGCUCAAAGGCAGUGUGACCAGGCGCGGGAGAAGAUCCGAAGCAAGGCGGCGGAGGCAGAGAGGCAGGCCGUCUCUGCUCGAGGGCUAGAAGCUGAUCUGCAGAGAGCCAAGAAAGAGAAAAGGCAAAGGGAGAAAGAGUGUGCCUCACUCAAAACACAGAUGCUUCAGCUCAGAGAACAACUGAAGGAGUAUCACGCCACCUGCAGAGACACAGCUCAGGAGCUGACGCAGCAGCAGGAGAAAGUGCAGCUGUUGGAGAGAGGUCAGCGUCUGGCUCAGGAGCAGCUCUCAGAGCGUGUGACGGAGGUGGUGCAGGCAGAGAAAGCCCAGAGGAGACUCCAGGCAGAGCUCAAGAGAAUAACAGACAGUCUGGAAAGCACCCAACAGGAGCUGCAGGACUCACGAUGUCCAUUCAAAACUCAGGAGCUGACGCAGCAGCAGGAGAAAGUGCAGCUGUUGGAGAGAGGUCAGCGUCUGGCUCAGGAGCAGCUCUCAGAGCGUGUGACGGAGGUGGUGCAGGCAGAGAAAGCCCAGAGGAGACUCCAGGCAGAGCUCAAGAGAAUAACAGACAGUCUGGAAAGCACCCAACAGGAGCUGCAGGACUCACGGAGGCUGCUGGAGCGUGUGAAGACAGAGGCCAGCAGUAGCAGACAGGAAGCCGUGAGACUCCAGCAGGUGAAUCAGCAGAUCCAGGAAGAACUGGAUGUCAACAGAGAGACCCUCUCAGCCCUGCAGACUAAGAUGUGUGAACAGGAGAAGCUUCUAAACACACAUCAGGAGCAUGUUUCUGAGCUGCAGCUCACCAUCCACAGGCUGCAGGAAGAAGAGGUGAACAGCCAGACUCGGCUGCAGCUGUGCAGGAGAGAACUGGAGACCAGAGAUGAGCAAGUGGAGAAACACUACCUAGAGGCUACAGUGUCCAGGCUGAAGCUGGAUCUGGAGCAGGAGCGGGAGCGGUGGCAGCAGGGGGUACGAGAGGCAGCCAAGGCCGAUCAGAGAGGGAGAGAGCUGAGACUGGAGCUCAGCGCAGCACAGGCGUCUCAUAAAGAGUAUAUGGAGCUGCUGGCUGAGUACAGUCGAGAGGUGACGGCCCAGAGGAGUGAGCAGGCCCGUCUGCAGCAGUGCCUGAUCCAGCUGACAGAGGAGAGGGAGACUCAGGAGGAGCGAGUCAGACAGAUGAGCGCAGAUCUACAGAGAGCGCACAGUGAGAGCAGGUGCUCUCAGGAGGAGGUUGAGGCUUUGCUCUCACAGAUGGACGCUGCCAAUCAGAAGUACAGCACAGCUGUGUGUGAGGCCGACGUUUUGCGGCAGUGUUUAGGAGACGCACGGAGUGACAGCUCUCGACUUCACAGGGAAAGCGAGCUCGUCGUGACCAAUGUGAACCAGUGGGUGAAGGAGCAAAAGCACACUAAUGAGAAACUGGCACUCAAGAUCAAAGACCAGAGCAGGAAGAUCAUCCACCUGACAGCUGAGAGAGAUCACCUUCAGGAGAAUGUGAAGGGUUUACAGGGGGAAAUCAGGAGGCUGAAAGCAGCUGGCUAACGAGAGAAUGGAAGCAGAGCGACUGAAGUGAAGAAAGAGGAAGAAGAAAGCACUUCCUGACCACCUGCAGCGCAAGUCUGUGCCAGUCAGUGCCUGUGUCUGGAUCGACGUCAAUGGCUACAGAACGGUUUUCAGCAAACCAACUGUCUGUUGGAUCCCUUCUUAAUCACUGACACAAUGAGUUCUAGAAAAACAUGAUUAUCAAAUGAUGGCUGAUAAUUGACCUUACGACAGAUAAAUGACUGACGGCCCAAAUAGCCAAUCAAAUCAAUUCUCUGACUUUUGUCUGUCAAACUGACUGAAUUGUAGACUGCAUGAACAAAUAAGCUUCUGAAUGAUCGUCCAAAAGCAAAACAUCUCUAUGUUUGCUCAAAGGAAAGGAAUAGUAGAAUACAGAUUUUUCAAGGUUAAAGGCAGGUGCACAGACCCCAAGUAGUUCAAGCAUGUGAAUUUUGAUCUUUCUGUUGUUAUUGCCAUGCUCUACUGUCUGAGCUUCAG